GCGCGCGCACUCGUGGGCUCCCAGUGGCCAUCGGUUGGUGCGCGGCUGCUGCUCCGCGGCGAAGAUGGCGGCGCUGCUCUCCCUCACUCAGCUUUCAAGUGGAAACCCAAUGUAUGAAACAUACUACAGGCAGGUGGAUCCAGCUCAUACAGGAAAAGUUGGGCCCAACGAGGCAGCACUGUUUCUGAAGAAAUCUAGACUGUCUGAUGCUAUCUUAGGAAAGAUCUGGGAUGUAGCAGAUCCUGAAGGCAAAGGCUAUCUGGAUAAGCAAGGCUUUUAUGUAGCUUUACGCCUGGUUGCGUGUGCACAGAAUGGCCAUGACGUUAGCCUGAGCAGUCUAAAUGUGACAUUGCCACCACCCAAAUUUCAUGACAGCAGCAGUCCCUUAUUAAUAACACCCUCUCCCUCUUCAGAUGUGCACUGGGCUGUAAGGCCUGAAGAAAAAGCCAAAUUCGAUGGAAUUUUUGAAAGCUUGUCCCCAAUCAAUGGCCUCCUAUCCGGUGACAAGGUCAAACCUGUGUUGAUAAACUCAAACUUACCUCUUGAUGUCUUGGGAAGGGUUUGGGACCUUAGUGAUGUUGAUAAAGAUGGCCACCUGGACAAAGAUGAGUUUGCUGUGGCGAUGCAUCUUGUUUACAGAGCUUUGGAGAAGGAGCCAGUUCCCCCUACUCUGCCGUCUGCACUUCUACCGCCAUCCAAGAGGAAAAAGCAAGGGCCAUCACUUGCUGGUUCUGUGCCAGUUUUACCUGCCAGUCCUCCCCCUAAAGAUAGCCUGAGAUCCACUCCAUCACACGGCAGUAUUAAUAGCUUAAACAGCACAGGGAGCAUUUCUCCAAAACACAUUAAACAGCCAAUAAAUUGGGUUGUGCCAACUAAUGACAAGAUGCGAUAUGAUGACAUCUUCCUCAAAAUAGACUUGGAUCUGGAUGGGUAUGUGAGUGGAUUGGAAGUAAAAGAUAUCUUCAUGCAAUCUGCACUUCAUCAGAAUAUCUUGGCUCACGUAUGGGCCCUAGCUGACACAAAACAAAUGGGAAAACUGAACAGGGAACAGUUCGCUUUAGCAAUGUAUCUUAUCCAGCAGAAGGUCAGCAAAGGGGUUGACCCUCCCCAAGUGCUGACGCCAGACAUGAUCCCACCAUCAGAAAGGACUACGCCAGUAUCUGAUUGCACAAGCUCAGUUGGCUCCGGUGAUUUCACUGGCAUCAAAGAACUAGAUGCAAUUAGCAACGAAAUCAGUGAAUUGCAAAGGGAGAAGUAUAUACUGGAGCAGGACAUCCGAGAGAAAGAGGAGGCCAUUAGGCAGAAAACCAAUGAAGUACAGGAACUUCAAAAUGACUUGGAUAGAGAAAACAACAACCUGCAGGAGCUGGAGUCCCAGAAACAGGCUGCCCAGGACAGACUUGAUGAAAUGGACCAGCAGAAGGCCAAACUUGAGGAUAUGCUCAAUGAUAUUCGGCAGAAGUGUCAAGAGGAGAACCAGACGAUUUCAUCGUUGAAGAUGCAGAUAGCGAAUCAGGAAUCAGACAUGCAAUCUCAAGAAGAAGAGCUGACUAAAGCCAAAUCAGAACUGAAUAAACUGCAGCAAGAAGAGUCACAGUUAGAACAGAGCAUUGAAGCUGGCAAGGUCCAACUUGAGACAAUCAUUAAGUCUCUGAAGUCUACACAAGAUGAAAUUAAUCAGGCAAGAAGCAAACUUACCCAAUUGCAAGACUCGCAGCAAGAAGUUAGUAAAAGCAUUGACCAAUACAGUAAUGCACUGAAUGGCUCAUUAACCAGUCACGGCGGCAGCAUGACCAACUUGGCAGACAUGAGUGAUGGCAUUGCAGAAAGAGACAGUGGCUUCGUAACGAUGGAUGACCCCUUCAGGGGCAAAGCUUCACCUUUCAAUAAUAAUACUCAAGAUCUACACACAGAUCCAUUCCAGUCAGAAGAUCCCUUCAAGACAGAUCCAUUCAAAGGAGCUGAUCCUUUUAAAGAUAGUGAUCCAUUCCAAAACGACCCUUUUGCCCAUCAGCAGGCAGCAGCAACGACAGAUCCAUUUGGUGGUGACCCCUUUAAAGAAAAUGAUCCAUUCCACAAUACAUCAUCUGAUGAGUUUUUCAAGAAGCCACCAAAGAGUGAUCCUUUUACAUCUUCAUCAGCCUCUGAUCCUUUCAGCAGGGAGCAUGCCAUGCCAUCUAAAACUGACCCUUUUGGGAGUACUGAUCCUUUUGCACUGGCAGCAUCCAAGGGCCCAGAUCCUUUUGGGACAUUGGAUCCUUUUGGAACCAGCGCCUUUGGGAGUGGAGGUUUUGCUGACUUCACCCAGAUGUCGAAGCCCUCAAAUUCUGAUCCUUUUGCUGCUUCCGGUUCGGGCCAGUUUGGUGGGCAAGGAUUCAUUGAUGACCCUUUUCAAAAUAAACAGGAUACCCCAGCGCUGCCUCCAAAGAAAAGUGUUCCACCACGGCCUAAAGCGCCGCCUAGUGGUAAAAGUACCCUUGUAAACAGGCCUGGCUCGGCCGACUCUGUCAAGUCCCACGAUCCUUUCCAGCCCUUUGGCGCUUAUGACGGUGACCAGUUUCAAAGUAAAAAGGGGCUCGGUGACCCAUUCAGCGGUAAAGAUCCCUUCACGCCUUCUUCCUCAAGUAAAACUUCUAAAGACUCUUCUUUGGGUUUUGCAGACUUCAGCUCUUUUGGUAAUGAAGAGGAACAGCUGGAAUGGGCAAAAAGGGAGAGUGCAAGAACAGAACGUGAGAGAUUAGAACGGUUACACAAGCAAGAACAAGAAGACCUAGAGCUUGCCAUAGCACUCAGCAAAGCAGAAAUGUCUGAUGUGUAAAUAGUGCCAUGGCCCACUCAGUCAAAAACAUAUGAGCUGUAAGAAUAUAGGGCAGAGAAAUAGGAGAGAAGAGGAAAUGAUUGGACACUGGGUGUUCUGAAUGUACUGGACAGUAACUGGCCAAAACCCCACUUAUACAAAUGGCACUGAAUCAAUUACAUGGACUCCUUGGAGAUGCAGAAGGUGAUGAUGCACAAAGAAUGUAUUGUGUAAUUAAAAAGGAGAAAGAAUCCUUACCAUUCUCAGUGAAUUGGCAAUUCUGUCUGUUGUGUUCAUGCACAUGAAAGACUUUGAUGCUGAUGCUAAUUUUCUUUUGCAAUGUUGAAGAGAAAAAAAACAAACCCCUCCCACACUCUCUCCCAAAGCAAAAUUAUAUAAUAUAUGUGUAUAAACUGCCUGGUUUGUUAUUCUCUCUAUGUUGCAAAAUGCCUAGUAGGUAUUUUCACAGACUUUACAUGUACAGUGUCUCAUUUCAUGUUUUAUAAUACCCCCCACUCACCUUUCUGUCAAACAUGCCUUAGUGUUACUGCAUGAAUGCAGUAAACUCUGAGCAGGAAUUACCCUGUUCCAGUGCAGCUUAUUAAUCUGCAAAGACUUGUACAUUAUUUCUGUUAUAUUUGUCUGAUACACUGUCGUGUAAUUGAAAAACCUAUCCCAUUUAAUUCAUUGCACAUUUCUUUAAUAUAAUAAAUGUGAGGAGACAUUCCUGUACCACUGGAUAAUUCAGUGAACUCACUGAAGUUUCACUAAUUUUUGUUUGUAGCAUUAUGAAAAUAUGUGUAGAGUAACCAAGUUUUCUCAUCUUCUGGUAUGUUCUUUUAGUAUGUCACAUGAAUGUGCAGAUUAAUUGUCUUCAUUAUAAUGUGAUAUGCCCACAAUUUUGAGCCAUUUGCAAAGAGAACAGUUGGAGCCUGAAUAUAGUAGAAACUAGAACACUUAGUGGUGAACAGCAGAUAAUCAUGGGAAAAGUUAUGGCAUUGUUUUUAAGCUUUGCACAACUGAAAUGAAACUAUUUAAGGCCAGGUACUACCUAUUGUUUAACGUUUUCUAAAUACAAUGCUUCCAAUACAGAGAUUUGCCUUUGCCCUCCAUAUUUUAGCCUUGUAUUACCAUUUUCUUCCAGCUUACUGUUUUAAGUAUUACUUCCGUCAUCGAUGUGGCAAAAAAAGUACUUCUCUGAUACAUGUAAGCAUUUCAUUACACUUCCAUAACUGUUUUCCUUUGCAAUUUUGGUUGAAUUAUUUCCCUUUACAUUGUUGAAUUAUUUCACUUUAAUUGUGAUGGAUAAGGUUUAAAGACAGCCACAACGAUACUUGAUUCCAGUCAACUUGAUCUCUACUGUGAUGUAAAUAUUCUCUGAUGAUUCUGAAUUACCUGAUUUCAGUUAGUCCUUAUGUGACCUUUUAAUUUACUAGCUUGCAGCAGAACUUUCAAAGUGCCUGUUAAUAAUUUGUGUAACUGAGUAAUCAUACUAUGUGAUUGUUACCUGGUCUUAGCACAUUAACCUCAACUCACCAAGGCUCAUUUCUGUACACUGGAUAAGACAGCAACACUGCAGUUGUCUUUAAAGCUUGUCGGUCAUAUUCUCUAUUUACUUGAGGAGACUAGGAUUGAAUGUUUGGUAGGAAUAAUUUUGCAGUUUAUGCCUUUAAUAUUGGUCAAAAAUUCUUGUACAAUGCAAUUCAUCAAUUUAGGACCUCUCCAAUCAUUCUCAUCAGAUGUGGCUGGAACUUGGCAGGAUUAAGGUUUCGCUCAUGAGAAAUCUUUGUAGUUUGUGAAUACUGUGCUGAGAUUUCCAUAUCCAUUUUGGCAUGCUAAUGACAUCCCAGAGAAGACCAUUCAAAUCAAAACCUGUGUAAGUUGAGUAAAAGAUGACCAGAUUUUGCUUCUGUUCUUGAUGUUUUAAUAUGUAUUUACUCCUACUUGAGGUUAUGUGUUAAAUUUACAGUAAUGAUUUGAUUACUGGAAAAUAUGAUGCUAAUGGCAGGAUGAAUCAGAUAUUGAUUUAGAUAGUAGCACCUGUCGGUCAAGGCUUGCUUAUGUAAUUAGACGCCUGCGAGGACCGGUGCUGGAACACUGUAUGUUUGUUAUACAAGUUAAUAAUGGGGAUGUAAAUGUAGGAGGUUCAUAGGUGACAUGAAAAUUGUUGGCGUAAUUGAUAG